AUGAGGCGGAAAAGGGGGAGAAGGAGCCGGAGGGGGGAAGGGGGUGCAGUCAUGUGGUAUGGGGCGGCGGGGGUGGGGAGGGCGCGUGGGGGCGUGGCAGCUGAUGUAAGUGACUGCAGCGAUGUGUAUGAGUUUGUCAAGCGGAUGCGCCCCCUGCUGGACCUCGAAAAGGACGCGGAGGUGGCAUUAGCAGAAGAGGCAGCAUCCACCCGCUCACUGGCGUCAGCGCAGGCCAAGGGGCGCGUGCUGUGCCACCUGCGGUGCAGCGAGGCCCUGCUCACCCUCGCCUCCAACAAGACUGAAAAAGGGACGAGUUGUUCACAGCCAGAGUGCAGCCAUGCACGGGGGGGCAUAACCAUGCAUUCCGCACAUGUGGCGGGGAAAGGGGGGGGGCGAGAGGAUGAGAGUGCUGGGCUGGGGGGCUCGUACCAGGUGGUGGGCGCAGCAGCGGUGAGCAGGUGGUCCUACCAUGCGCCUGCAGGUGGCAUUGGACUAGGCAGCCUUUCUGCUGGACGUGGCAGCAGCAGAGGGGACGUGGCAGCAUCAGAGGGCACGUGGGGCGAGACGCGUCAGCAGCUCGCAGGGCUUUACCGGAAGCAGGGCUGGAAGAAAUGGCCUCCGUUCAUCGCGGGCUACAUGACGUGGCGGUCAUGGAAGAGCGUCGAUGACGUCGACAGCCUUCGCUCAUCCGAGUCGUCUGAGAGCUGUGUCGCGUAUGGCGACGGAAGCUCGGAGUCGGAUGCAGCGAUGUUGUCGGAGCCUCUUGUCCGGUCGGGCCGGGGUAAAAGCAAGAAGAGCAAGACCAUCUGGGCGCACAUCUGGGCCGUGCUCAUGUCAAUCGUCGACAUGGGGUCAGGUCGCUAUCUAUACGCAAUGUGGGCUGCCAAGAAGGAGCAGAAGAAGGAACUGCAACAAACACAGCGGUGUCAGUCCCAGGUGGUUGCUGGGGAUGCUCCUGCAGUUCCCUGCCAAUGA